CAGUCGACGAGCCACAUUGUCAUUUCCUCUUUAGGUGCAGCUAAAGAGUGUCAUGGUGUCGUGACUUCAUCCGCCCACAACUGACCACGGAGAGAUCGGUCCGGGAGACAGACAGCAACAGGCAGAGGCACAGGAAGGUAGACAGAAAAACAACAGGAGGCUAAAACAGAGACAGACAGUAAUACACAGUAAACUUAUACUGAGGUUAGACAUGGCCAGGUUGGAUGUUCAGGAGACAUUUCAUGAUAUUUUGUUUCCUGGACACCUGCACACACAGGAGUCGUUGCAACGUGCCGUCAGCUUUCUGUUUCAGGACACAGAUAUUCUCAUCGUCUCUUACCCAAAGUCAGGUACCACAUGGAUGCAGGAAAUAGUGACUCUCAUGUCCCACAGAGGAGACGCGCACAUUAACCAAACUGUGCCAAACUGGGCCAGGGCUCCCUGGCUGGAACAAUUCUACAGCGCUGCCGUACUAGAAGCCUCAACCAGCACACAUCGAGUGAUCACCACACACCUGCCUCAUCAGCUACUCGGCCCUGCCCUCCAGGGCUCCAAAGCUAAGGUCAUAUAUGUGAGCAGAAACCCUAAAGAUGCUGUGGUUUCCUUUUACCACUUCCACAAAAUAGCGAACUUCCUUCCUGAGGCUGGCACGUUUCCAGAGUUUCUAAAUAAAUUCCUCAAGGGCACACUCUCUUAUGGGUCCUGGUUUGACCAUAUUAAGGGAUGGACCAGUCAGAUGGCAGUUAUGGACAAUUUUCUUCACAUCACCUAUGAAGAGAUGUUAAUGGACCUACCCGGCGCCAUAAGGAGGCUCAGCUCUUUCCUACAGUGCCCCCUAGCGGAGGACGAGGUCAAGAGUUGUGUGCAACACUGCAGCUUCAGCAGCAUGAAGAAUAACAAGAUGGUCAACUACACUCUCAUCCCUGAAAACAUAAUGGACCACAGUAAAGGCUCUUUCAUGAGGAAGGGUAAGACUGGCGACUGGAAAAACAUGUUUACAGAGGACCAGAAUCAAUAUUUCGAGAGCGUCUUCAGGUCCAAGAUGCAGGACUGCGCGUUAGAGUUUGUGUGGGAGCUACAGGACGAAGAGGAGACGCCCGAACAAGAGCAAAUCCCACAGAGGAGCACACUGGACUGUGAAAAAAGCUGUUCAGCCAAGGACGUUUGAAGCCACGGUGAAUGUCGUAUGUGGAUUUAUUGAGAGUGUUAACAACAAAUAAUAGUAUAUAUAAUAGUAUGCAAAUAUCACACUUGAAUUACAAUACUCUGAGCUUCAUGAAUGUCUCAGUAUGUGAUAACGUGUCCAGUCCAGUGUAAUAAAGGUAUAAUCUGCCCUUUCAUGGUU